AUGGCUAAAAAGGGAAAAGCAAAAAUUAGUAAGGUGAAAAGGAACAAUCAGACCACGAACAAAAUGAGAAAACAGGGCAAACUACGUCUUCAGAGGCAUAGAAACAAAGUUCAGAAGCAAAAACAGCCGGCGCAAACUCAGCAACCGGUAUACAGCAGCGAAAGCGAAUCUGCCUCUGGGGACGAAUGGGCAGACAUGCUAGACGAAGAGGAACAAAAGUACAUAAUGGGAAGGCUGGCCAAGGAACCCCAUCUCCUCUCUAAUGUGCCAGAAGAAGAUAAGAAAGGAGAUAAGAAACCUAAAAAGCGUAAACAAAGUAAUCUAGACCAAGUUCCCAAAGACAUGAGUCUCAGUAGUGAUAGCGGUGCGGACAGUGAAACAGACAAUAGUGACAUGGAGGAUAAAUAUGAAAAGGAGAUGGCGGAGAGACCUGUAAAACGGCUCCGUCCAUUACUGCCAAUCAAAACCAAACAUGGCAUUAUGGAAAGAGCUGAAGAGUGUGAAGACACAGAUUCUGAUCAAGAUCAGGCUGAUGAAACUACUGAGUCUACAAUUCCUGAAAGCAAAGAUGAGGAAGACACAAAAGAUGGUGACUCCGAUUCUGGGAUGGAGGGUACUGUGGAAGAGGGUGAUAAAACAGAUGAAGUGGUGACCACUGUGCAACUGUUAGCUGCCAGGAGAGAUAAACUGAAUCAUGAAAAAUUAAGGAUUGGGGCACUCUGUUCUUCGUUGCUGGAGAACCCGGAGAGAAAACUGAAGAACCUGUUCCCAAUUCUGUACCUGAUGGAGGAGCACUUAAAAGACGGCACACCCAACUUGGUGUCAGUGAGAAAACUGGCCAUGAUAUCUGCCGCCGAGGUGUUCAGGGACAUCUUGCCCGAUUAUGCGAUACGCCACCAGGACUACUCUGACGUAAAGCUGAAAAAGGACACUUUGGCGCUCUACAAACACGAGAAGGAACUUGUGGAGUUCUACAAGCGAUACCUGCAGCGGCUAGAAAAAGCCGCCUCCAUUUUAAGACAAAAGAAAGGGGACAGGAGAUCGGUAGAGCAGUCGGCCAAGAGUCUGGCUCUGGUGGCGCUCCGCUGCAUGUGCUCGCUGCUCGCCGCGCGGCCCCACUUCAACUUCGCGCCGAACAUCGCCCAGAGCGUCGUGCCGUAUCUGGACUGCCGCCAGCAGGAGGCGCGGGCCGCAGCGGCAGAAUGCUGCAGCCAGGUGUUCGCCGAAGACGCCAGGGGAGACAUCACGCUCAAGAUCGUGCGCUUGAUCAACCAGCUGGUGAAGAAGCGCGGAGAGAGGAUCCACCCUUCGGCGCUGGACUGCCUCCUCACGCUGAAGAUACGCGACGUAGACCUGGAUGCGGACGCGGACUUGAAGCACAAGAAGCGCCAAGAAGAGCGGCACAAGAAGAGGAUCGUCAACCUGUCCAAGAAAGAGAAGAAAAGGGCAAAGAAGUUGAAAGAAGUAGAACGGGAGCUGCUGGAGACAGAAGCGCGGGAGAGCGAGGAAGCCCACAAAAAGCUGCUGACAGAGGUCACCAAGACGGUAUUCCACAUCUACUUCAGGAUAUUGAAGAAUUCACCCAAAUCUCAACUGUUGGAGGCUGUUUUGAACGGAUUGGCCAAGUUCACGCACGUGAUCAACGUGGAGUUCUACUCGGAGCUGGUGGCGCUGCUGUCCCGGCUGACGCGCGAGGAGGGCGUGGGGGGCCGCGCGAGGCUGCAGUGCGCGCGCACCGCCCUGGCCGUGCUGGCCAGCGCGGGCGACGCGCUCAACUUGGACCCCGCCUACUUCCACGCCUACGUCUACGCCAACGCGCUCUCCGUGCACGCCGGGGGGACUUCGGACCAGGCCCGCGUGGUGGUGGAGGCCGUGAUGCAGGUGGGGGCGAGGGCGCGGCGCGUUUCGCCGGUCGUGGUCCGCGCACUGGCAAAGCGCCUGGCAACUCUGGCAACGCAGCUCUUGCCGCACCAGUCGCUGGCCGCCAUGCGCCUCGUCCACGACCUGAUGCAGACGGGAGGCGCGAUGCGGUCGCUGGUGGAUGCGGAAGGCGCGGAAGGGGCCGGCCGCUACGACCCGCUGCUGCCUUCGCCGGAGCACUGCCGCGCCCAGGCCGCCGUGCUGCACGAGCUGUGCACGCUGCGCCGCCACCACCAGCCAGCCAUUCGCCGAGCUGCCGCAGCCCUGCUUACGUUAGGGGACUGGCCGCUGCCCACCAGGAACCCAAUACAGACUUACGAGGAGUAUGACGGUUCACAAAUGGCCUUCAAGCCGGCCAUACCGCCGCCCAAAGUCGAGCAGAGGAGCACCAAACGGCCGUCCCACGACCACGCGUGGGCCCAGAGUGAUUUCAAAGUGCAUUGCCAGUCGAUAGAAGACAGCAUCCAAUUAGUUAUCAAAGAUAAUAUAAGA